AUGUUUCUGUUUCAAUUGGUUGGCCAAACGUUUCUAUGGCUUCCUCAAUGUUAUUCGGUUAUAAGGCGUUAUGUAGUGCUUGGCAUCUCGAAUGAGCAGGAGGAAAUCGCAAACGAAAUUGAAGAUCAACGCUUUGCCCACGAAGUUAACAGCCUUUUGUAUAUAUGCAGGAACAAAAAUGUUACGAAGGGAUUUAAAGAACAAUUUUCUGAGUUUCACGACUUUACCUUGCAAGCUGGGAUGCCAAUGGCAACAAUUUUAGCGACCAAACGAGAACAGUGCCGCCGUUGUAAUAAAACCUUGGUUGUGGACGGCAAGCCACAUGUUAUCGUUUUUUAUCACAUUUUCUUGGGAAGUUACCUUGGUUCUCGGAUAACGAAGUGUUGUCGCAAGUGCAAGAUCUAUGAGCAUUACGGUUUUUGGGUUCAAAAUGGCAAACGUCACGUUGAUGAACAUUGUUUGGAAAUGGAUUUCCUUCUCUCAUCAGACGAAACAGCUUUUGACAUGUCACUCCUUUGGCAGACUGCUAGUUUGCUUGUUCUUGGGGCUGUCCCUUUCCGAACAAUGGCAGCAUCGUAUAACCGACGAUUUGGAUACGACAAAGUGAAAAACCGCACAAUGGACCAAUCAAGACCCAAAAGAAUGAAACGGUUUGUCAAACCUGAUAUUUUUAUGUUUUUACCUAAUUAUCCACCUAUUAUUUCCAACACCUCCUUGGAGGGCGCGCAAACCCAGGGACAGGUUUCACAUUUUUCAGUCAAAUUCCCCACCCAAUGCCACAACUUAUAUGUCCACGCACCCUGUUAACCCUGUAAGUGGCAAUGCGCCCUACUUUAUUAUUUUACACUGUCAAUGCCAGAUUAUUUUACUCUAUCUGACACCAAACCAUAUAACUUGGCAGGGGGAGUCUCAGUGCUCCCACUCAGUGUGUUAAUGUUGAUGCAUAUAAGCUGGGGUGGAUUUAUAGGGGGGGGGGGUUGCACAGGGCUGCCAACCCCUGUUCACCUUUUUACAAAAAAAGUUGUCCGGGGAGGGGAGUUUUAAACAUCAGUAACAGCCAUAAUUUAUACACUGCAUAAUUUAUAUACUGUUAUCUUAAAGUUUGUAAAUAUUAUGUACUAGAAAAUAAAUUAUUUAUAUAAUUAUCUUAAUAUUUAGAGAUACCAACCAACAACAAAAAGAAAUGUUAGAAGGACGACAGUUCUUAGACCGCAGACGUCUGGAGGAGGCCUUCUUACUGUUUGGUGCUUUAGAAAUUAUUAUUAAAUACAGCAUCAAUAUCGAAAAUAUAACAUGCGAUAGAAAUCAGCUGACAGAGUUACUUGUCAAGCAGUUUGAGAGAGUGUUUUAUCAAAAGUGGACAGGUGUAUAUUAUAUUCAUAAUUACUUGACUGGAAUACUGCAAAUUGUGUCUUGAAACUUUAAAAAUCAUAAUAAUAAAAUAACCAGAUUGGUGGUUUUCCAGCCAUUUCUAUGUUUGCAAUUUCGGUUGAAGGAAAUUUUCACCUGAUAACAAUGGCUGCAAAACAGCCUAACAAAUUGGCCAAGCUGCAACACAUAAUGACUGAAGAUGGCAAUAUUAGUGAAACCAUAGAAUCAUUCAAAUAAGUUUGGCAGUUAACCAAGUCAAAUGUCCAAGUCACUGUUUAACUGUCUUUGUCAAUUCCAUGAUGUACUUUACAGUAUCCUAACCCUACUCCUAACCCUACUCAACUGUGAAUUUUCUUAUAUUUCGUCUUUUUGUAUAUGACUCUGCCGUUUGAGUUGGAUUUCACUUGGUAAAUGGACACACUCUCAUUGAAAUGAAUGAUUCCAUGACCCAAACUUUUCAAAAUACAUUUACAACACUUCAGUGAACAUCACACAGAAGAUAACCCUAUUAUUCCCAUUUGCCAACCUGUAAUUUUCCAAAUGUAAAUUUCAACCAACAGUAAUUAAUAUACUGUAAGUAAAAACUCUAGUAACAUAUUAAUAUCAUUUAUAUGAUUUUACUUCAUGGCAGAUCAUGUUUGUGAUGUCCCAGGAUGCAAAGAUGUUCUCGUUCUUGAUGGAAACAUGAAAAAUGCGAGACAAGUGUGUUCUUGCAGAAAUAUUGGAGAACUCUACUUUGAUGGGAUGAAAGGUACUAUUGUUAUUGGUAAGUAUUUGUGAUACUGUAGUCUGUAGGCACACAAAUAAUAUGCUAUUUUAUUUGGCUUUUUCCCUAUUACAUACAGUAUUAUCAUGUACAGUAUCUAUAAUUAAAAGCUCAUUCAUCAUUCAUGAAGAAAAUUCAAAAUAAGUGAAUGUUUAAUUUCAAAUAAAGAUUUGUGCUCAUUUACAUAAAAUUCAGCUUUUAUUUUGUAGGCUUAGACAUUUUUUUUUUAAUUACUUCGCUAAUGAACUCAUAAGACAUGUCGUUUUUUACAACAAAUUAAACAUCUGAUAUACAAACUAGAGGCAAAGGCGAGAGUUGGUAUAUCAGAUAAAAUCGGAUGUGAAUGGAGGAGGGGAAUUCCCCCCCCCCCUCCCAUGCAAAUAGAGUUGGGAGAAAUUCCCCGCAAGUAAAAAACUCUGAAAUUUGGGGGGGGGGGGGUUAACUCCCAUCCAAGUCCCAAAAACCUAAACUACCCCUAAUAAUACAACAAUCCAUGGCCGUAGGAACCACGGGGAACAGGGAGGGUGCUUGAGCCACCCUAACUUUUAGAAACUGGGCUAAGCCUGCCUAAAAAUUCUAAUUUCUAAGUGAAUCUCGAAGUGAAUGCACAGUUGCACAUGUUUAAUUAAUGCAUGGCGCAGAGAUGUAUGGUGCAGAGGACAACUUAAUCUUCCUUUGCGCCAGCUGUAUCCCAAAUCUAACCCCUAAAUGCAGGAAAAUAAAAAAUUUAAAAUAAAAAAUUUUCUCUAGUGGCAGUUCGUGCCCGCCAUUCAGCCCCCCCCCCCCCUAACUUUAAUCAUCUUCCUACGGCCCUGCAACAAUCAGAUGCGCCCAGUAUAGUGUUGUAUAGGUUUUCUCAGUAAUGAUCAUCUUUGAUACUGGUACUGUAGGAUGUCAAAACACACCAAGCAAGUCAUCGAGGUUCUGUGAAGAACACAAAAACCUGGCAACACAAUUUAAAGAUGAUUCAUCAUCCAUCCCUCAAUGUGAACCAACCACCAUCAAUGAUGAAAACAUUGGUGAUGUAGGUGAUAUUAUGCCAGUAAAGGUUAUAAAUCAUCGAGAGACAAGACAAGCAAAAUUCUAUCAGGUACUGUUCUACUAUGUACCUGUUAUGUACUGUGCACAGUAUGCACAGUUGCUUCAAUCGGUUCAUUUUCAUCAUAUCAAUUUAUUGCAUUGAAGAGAUGUGUGCUUCCCUUAACGAAGGUUUAUCACUAAUUAGAAUACUCAUCAAGGAGGGUCUUGCAAACCUCGCUUACAGUAAUAAUGCAUUACCUACUAUUGGGGUCGGUUGUUCAAAAGCCGAUUCCCUUAACCCUGGGGUUAACUUAAAAUUCAAAGCAUACUUCCUAACAGCUUGUUUAUAAAUUUGGAAAUAUUUCUUCACAAAUCAUGUCUGCAUCAAUAGAAGUUUUGUUUUCUGACAUUUUGAAAUAAAUCGACAGGAAGAAAUAUGCAAACUAACACAGUGAGUUAAAUUUUAAACCUGUAUUAGCGCUAAUCCACCUUUGAACAAGCUACCCCUGAACAGUAUGUUAAGCUGAUGUUUCAUAAAACCUCAUUUGCAUUGCUGGUUCACAUAGUUUUCUUGAAAGUUGUUCAGUUUAACAUCACCUCUAGUUUUACUGUUAAAUGCUAGAAAAUUACUACAGUGUAUUAAUGCCAACUGGUGUUAACCCAUUAGAUAGCAAUGCACCCAGAUGUGCACCCAUGUUCUUUAUGUACAAUAAAUUAUUUACAUGUCUUGGCAGGUGUUGUGGAGUAAUGGUUUACAAAGUUGGGUGAAAGAAAUCAAUCUCCCAAAGAAAGUUUUGGAUAUUGUUAAAAACGGAAAUUCGUACGAAGUCAACCGAAAUUAUCUUGAAGAGUUUGGACAAAAGAGAGCUGUACUGCAGCAAACAGCUACAAAGAGUGAUGAUGGAUCUAAUGUAAUGAAAAGGUAAUUUUUAUUAUUUUAUUGUUAAUUAAUUUUUAAAUAAUUAAACAAAUUAAAUAGCCAUUAAGCCAUUUUAGUACCAAAAUUUACACCAUGUUUCUAAUUUAGUUCUGGAUUCGCUGUUAUUAAUGACAAAGACAAUCAAGUAAUGGAAGGUGAAAAUGUCAGAGUGUUGAAAUGUGGGACUGAAAAGGGAAAACAUAAAUGUAAAAAUCAGCGAACUGCAGGUACAAUUUUUAGCAGAUCAAUUCCCAACAUACUGUAUCACUGUACGUUAUUCACUCCCGAGUGUAGGGUGUUCAUGUCAUUGCCUAUUAAAUGCUACAGUAUGUUGAUGUCCUUGAGCCGUUUUCUUUUUGUUUAUGCCUGUGCACAGCAACGUUUAAUAAUUAAUAAAUAAAUAAAUAACAAUUAUUACAUAGCGUAACAGACGCUAGCAGUAAAAAAAAAUUCACAUUUUUGUGAACAGCCUCGCACACAAAUCGUGGCAAGUUGACAAAAUAAAAUGUCAAAUGAGCUUUAAAUCAAACUGCCAUCAUAUCAUGAUACACUACAGUAAUUGUGUCACAACAGUUUCAUACAGAAUGAACGAAGGAGAAUGCUAGAACAUUUUUGAAAUUUACCAGAAUCAAGUCCACUUCUUAAAGUUAACUUUAUUGAAACAACUAUGUUAUCUUGUAUUUCAUGAGCAACUUGAUUUCAUGAGCAACAGUAGCACUUUAAAAAGUUGCCAUGCACACCUAUAUUGCUCACCCUUACUGUCAACAUGUUACUGCUCUACUGACUCUACUGCACAUCUGAAUGCCUAGAUUGCUAAGGAUAUUUACUCUUAUUUACUUACCAUUGUUCCGCAGGUAUAUUAGUAUUUGAAAAGCCAUGUGGAGUUGUUAUUGGAGUUAGAGAGCUGUUUGGUUCAGAAAGUAAGAGCCAGGUGUAUGCUCACUUGCAUACCCUAUUUCAGGACAAAAAGAUUGAUGAUGUUGGUAUGUUUAAAUGUGGUUAUAUAAUACGAAUAAUUUUUGUAACACAUUUUCUCCCAGUGGGAAAGAUACAGUAGCCAAAGCAAAUGGUCAUAUGGAUGCAGUGCUAAUACAGUAAACCUGUAUCUUCUAAGGUUUAAAUAUUGCAAAUCAUUGAAAAGUUGCAUAGUUUUAAGAUUGGGAAAAGACCAUGCAACCCCUAACCUACUAACCAAAUCCAAAAUUACCAUCACUGAUGCUAACAUUUUAAACAUACAGUACAGCAUAUAAUGAGUAAAAAAAGACAGAACAUUGGGCCACAUUCAAAAAAGACACAACAUUGGGCCACAUUCAUAUAUUAGACUGAAUUAAAAUGAAACCAAUGCAGAGACUGUGUGUUGUAAUGCUGUGGCCCUUUAAUUCUACUAAUGGUAUAACUUAUUUUUCUUUUCAUCCAACUAUGUUCUUUAAAAAGACCUUUUUGAUUGUGGCACAGUAUAGGGAAACAACAGUAGGGCCACUCAGCGUAAAAACAUGUCCAGAUUGUUUACUGGCUGCCAACCGAAUUUACAUAUUGGCAGCCAGUAAACGGCAGAAAAUUAAAAUCACUAUAAAAUUGUAUUACAGAGCAAUGAUUUUGGCCACGUAAGACACCUGGGACCUACCUUAAAUAAUUCCCACUUUUGUCUCCCCUAAGUGGCCUUACUGCUUGUCUCUCAUAUACUGUGAUUCUGGUUAUAUUGUACAGGUGUUAUGGAAAACCUUAGAAUUAUGCCUCUUUACGUACCAUUAAUAAGUAAACACUAG